UAUCGUGUUUAUAAGUUGUUGUUCGAUUGCACUAAUUGAUAAGAAAUAUAUUUGAUCUUGAUAGUCAAUAUUAACUAUUUAUUUCUUAUUUUAACUAAAUAUUUUACUUUCCAUUUUAUGCCAGCAAAUCGCAAGCAUAAAGAAUGAUUUUAUAAUAUUACACUAUCCUAUACUAAGAACGUUUUGUUGAAUUGUAAUUAAAAUGUCUGAAGCGAAAAAUGGAGAUUCAAAUCCUUGCUUGCAGGAACAAAGGUUAUCAUUCAAAUGCUUACAAGAUAAUUUUGGUGAUAAAACUCAAUGUGAACCGCAAAUAGAAAAUUACAAAGACUGCAAAACAUUUUGGUACAAUAUUUUCAAAGAACGGAAAAACAAUAAAAUAAAGCCAUAUAUGCCAUCAUUAGAAGAAAGGAUAAAAAUUAAGAAGGAAUACAUGAGUGGUCAAUAAAACAUUAAAAUAUUGCAUAACUAAUAAUAUGAUGUAUUAUAAUAUAUCGUUUACUAUAA